CGGCGGGGCCGGCAGGGGGGGCCGCGCUCGCCGCCCGCCGGCUCAGGCGGGGCCAUGGCCGCGGGCGGGCGGGCGGCAGAGCCGCUGCCCGAGCUCAGCCACUACGUGGUGGCGCGGCCCAUCUACAGCGAGCCCGGCUUCCAGGAGGAGAACGAGCGGCGGCCGCCGCUGCCGCCCACGCUCCGCGAGCGGGCGCAGGCGGCCUGCAGAUGUUCAAGGAAAAGGGCCUUUCAGAUUGCCAAGUCCUUUCUGCCCAUCCUGGACUGGCUGCCCAACUACCGGGUGAAAGAGUGGCUGAUCAGCGACAUCAUCUCGGGGCUCAGCACCGGCCUCGUUGCCACCCUGCAAGGUUUGGCAUAUGCUUUGCUGGUUGCAGUCCCUGUUGGAUAUGGUCUCUAUUCUGCUUUUUUCCCCAUCCUGACAUACUUUUUCCUGGGAACAUCAAGGCACAUCUCAGUUGGUCCAUUCCCAGUAGUCAGUUUGAUGGUGGGAUCUGUUGUAUUGAGCAUGGCCCCUGAUGAGAAUUUUCUCAUAGAAGGCAGUAAUGCUACAGGGACUAAUGGCACUGGGGCACUGAUAGACACUGAAUCCAGAGAUGCACAGAGAGUACUGAUUGCUAGCACUCUCACAUUCCUGGUUGGAAUUUUACAGGUUAUAUUUGGAGUUCUCCAGAUUGGUUUCAUUGUGAGGUACCUUGCAGAUCCACUAGUUGGCGGAUUCACUACUGCAGCUGCUUUUCAAGUGCUUGUGUCACAACUGAAAAUAGUUCUGAAUGUUUCAACUAAAAAUUAUAAUGGUGUCCUUUCCAUAAUAUAUACUCUUGUUGAAACAUUUGAAAAAAUUGGUACCACCAACAUUGCAGAUCUUAUUGCUGGACUCCUCACCAUUUUUGUCUGCAUGGUAGUUAAAGAAAUAAAUGAUCGGUUCAAACACAAGAUACCUAUACCCAUACCCAUAGAAGUUAUUGUGACAAUAGUGGCCACUGGCAUUUCAUAUGCUGCUGACUUGGAAAAAAAGUACAAUGCAGGCAUUGUCAAGAGCAUUCCAAGAGGAUUUUUGCCUCCUGAGCCUCCAAAUGUCAGCCUGUUUUCCCAGAUGAUUGCAGCCUCCUUUUCCAUUGCUAUUGUUGCUUAUGCUAUUGCUGUAUCUGUGGGGAAGGUAUAUGCAACCAAGUAUGACUAUGCUAUUGAUGGAAACCAGGAAUUUAUUGCCUUUGGGUUCAGCAACAUUUUUUCAGGUGCCUUUUCUUGUUUUGUUGCAACUACUGCUCUUUCACGGACUGCAGUCCAAGAAAGUACUGGUGGAAAGACUCAGGUUGCUGGUAUAAUCUCAGCUGGGAUCGUUUUGAUUUCUAUUGUUGCCCUGGGGAAAUUGCUGGAACCCUUACAAAAGUCUGUGUUGGCAGCUGUAGUCAUAGCUAACUUGAAAGGGAUGUUCAUGCAAGUGUUUGAUGUUCCCCGUCUAUGGAGACAGAAUAAAGUGGAUGCUAUGAUCUGGGUUUUUACAUGUAUAGCAUCCAUCAUUCUGGGACUUGAUUUGGGAUUACUUGCUGGCCUUUUGUUUGGAUUGCUGACAGUUGUGCUGAGAGUUCAGUUUCCUUCAUGGGGAGGCUUUGGAAACAUUCCUGGCACAGACAUCUACAAGAAAGUCAAGGACUACAAAAAUGUUAUAGAACCAGAAGGUGUGAAGAUUCUCAAGUUUUCAAGUCCAAUUUUUUAUGCUAACAUUGAUGGACUGAAAAGCAGCCUCAAAUCCACAGUGGGAUUUGAUGCAGUCAAGGUAUAUAAUAAAAGACUCAAAGCACUGAGGAAAAUACAAAAGCUAAUCAAGAAGGGAAAAUUAAAAGCUACAAAGAAUGGUAUCAUCAGUGAGCCUGGUAUUAAUAAUGAAGCUUUUGAGACUGAUGAGGAACCUGAAGACAACCACGAUCUUCAAGUUCCCACCAAAGAAGUGGAGAUCCAGGUGGACUGGAAUUCAGAACUCCCAGUCAAAGUAAACAUCCCCAAGGUGCCCAUCCACAGUCUCAUUCUUGAUUUUGGAGCAGUAACCUUCUUGGAUAUUGUAGCUGUGAGAUCAAUAAAAACGAUAAUUAAAGAGUUUGAGAGAAUUGAUGUGAGAGUAUACUUUGCUUCAUAUCAAGACAAUCUUAUAUCUCAGCUGGAACGGGGUGCCUUUUUUGAUGACACUGUCAGAAAAGACAUAUUUUUCUUGACUGUCCAUGAUGCUGUGCUCUACAUAAGGAAUCAAAUGACAUACAGUGACAACCAGGACCCUAUAUUUGAGAAGAUUUCACUCAUGCAGGAGUCUAAAGAACCCAUAGAGUUCACAGAAGCCAGCCAGCCUGAUGAUGAACUUGAUGUUCAGGAAGAGGCUAUGCGCCGACUUGCUUCCUGAAGGACUGCUGGCACUGUCCUGCCUGUGAGCGCACAGCAAUAUUCAUGCACCAGUACUAUCUAUACCAGCAUUUUCUGCUAUGAAACCAAUCUUUGCACUUGAAGAAAACCCUGAUUGUUUGUCUGAAUGAUACAGAUCUCUAUAACUCUCCAAAUUUUAGCUAACAUUAUCCCAGAAAUAUUCUGGACCUUGAUUCUGCAAGCACUUUCUGCUAUGAUAUAUAUUAAUAAAAAAGAAAAUCAGAAGACUAUUGUGAAAGAUGUACUCAGUUUUGGGACUAGUCAGGCAGAAGUUGCACUACACUUUUAUCAGUGUGUACAGGAUGAAAAGCUGCUCUGUUGUCUCCCCAGGAGAGUGGAAGAGACCAAAAUCUUUGGAUGGCAAGCCUUCUGUUCAGUAUUUUUACAAAGCCUAGUGAAAGGGCAGGAGCUCUAGCUGGCCAAGGCUUUGAAUUUUAGAACAUGAGUGUGAGAAGAUGUGCUGUCAAGCCUUGAAAAAUGUAUCAUGAUCAUUUUUUUCAAGCAAUUCCUUAAAUUGCUGCAGGUAGUUGGAUCACUGAAAGAGGUAACAGGUGAAACUGUCACAUGAACAGGAAACAGCACUGAACUAUAGGAAGUUUCAAAUAGUAAGUUCCUAAAGACCUUUGGAUAUGGGUUCCUUAGUUCUGUAUUAAUCCCACUGUAGCAAGCCUUGCAGUACUAUUAAUGAUUGUACCUUAAAUGAAGGACAGACAGAUUAUUUUGGCUAGAUUACAUAAUCUUCAUGAAGAGACAGAUCAUGACAUAAAUUAAGGAAAACCUUAGUCCCUGGGUACUUAAUGGAAUCUGUAAAACAGGCUGAUACUGAGUGCAAGCAAGAAAGUCAGAAUGUGACCCAGUAUUGAGGUUUGGGGUUUUUUUAAUGGAAUAUAGCUGUAUUUUUUGUUUAAUGAAUAGUUAUAUUUUUAUA